AUUCCUUCCUUUCCUCGUUGCUCAGCCAUCUUGGAGGUUUCUCCUGGAAACGGCAGAGCCGACGUGAACCGGCGCGAUGGUGGCCGCCAAGAAGACGAAAAAGUCUUUGGAGUCUAUAAACUCUAGGCUUCAGCUGGUUAUGAAAAGUGGAAAAUAUGUAUUGGGUUAUAAGCAGACUCUGAAAAUGAUCCGGCAAGGCAAAGCCAAGUUAGUCAUCCUUGCCAACAACUGUGCUGCGCUGAGGAAAUCAGAAAUUGAGUACUAUGCUAUGUUGGCCAAAACUGGUGUGCACCACUACAGUGGCAAUAAUAUUGAAUUGGGUACAGCUUGUGGAAAGUACUACAGAGUAUGUACACUGGCUAUCAUUGAUCCAGGUGAUUCCGACAUCAUUAGAAGCAUGCCAGAACAAAGUGAAAAGUAAACAUGGCAGAACUUUAAAUUUUGUGUAAUAAAACUGGUUAUAAAUA